AUGAGUCAGUACGUGCACGUCCCCAAGUCCGAGCUCGACGAGGCGCAACUCCGUGCGCUCGAGGAGCACGAAAUCAGUCAGGGCCCCUUGUCGGUCCUCCAGCAGGCGGUUCGGAAUCAUACACAAGUCCUAAUUUCCCUACGAAACAACAAAAAGCUGCUAGCACGCGUCAAGGCAUUUGACAGACACAGCAACAUGGUUUUGGAGAACGUGAAGGAGAUGUGGACAGAACUGCCCAAGGGCAAGAACAAGAAGCCGGUGAACAAGGACAGGUUCAUCAGCAAGAUGUUCCUCCGUGGCGAUUCUGUCAUUCUGGUUCUACGCAACACUGCUUGA